UGGGUGCUGCAGACAGGAAGAGCCUCUGCAGGCCUGUGAGAAGGGGCCCUGUCUGCCCCGUCGCUGAGUCUGUGGUGGGCAGAGUGGCGGUGAGCAUGGCCCUGCAGUCCCCCCUGCUUUCUGUGCUCCUCGGGCUGGCUGGGGCCCUGCACGGCGCCACCCCAGAGGUGUGGCAGUCCCCCCCCUACACCAUCGCCCCAGAGAAGGGCUCCAUCAGCAUCACCUGCUCCACGCGUGAGCCUCUGCUCGGGGUCUACCUGAAGCAAAGUCACUGGCCCAAGCUGGCCAACGUGGUUUACUACGAGGACGGGAAGGAGCCCACCGUGUAUGAGCUGUUCAAGGGCCGGGUCACCUUCUCGGGAUCACAGCACAACCUGACCAUCAGCGUGCACCACCUGCAGCCAGCCGACACCGGCACCUACGUCUGCCAGGCCAUCGUGCAGGACGAGGUCUGGGGUCCCGGCACUUUGGUCGUGGUGACAGACACAUGCCAGGAGACCCAGCCGACACACUUCACCUUCCUUGUGGUCCUGGCUAUGAGCUUCUUCUACAUUGGUGUGGGGCUGGGGGCUCUGUGUGUGUUGAUGAAGACAAAGAUCAAGAAGCUCUGCCAGAGGAAGGAUGAGAGUCAGGCGUGCGUGGUCUACGAGGACAUGUCCUGCAGCCACCGCAGCAACGUGUCCUCCUCCAACCUGUACCACUGAGCGGGCGGCCCCAGGCCCAUGGCUGGGGCCAGCCCUCCUGGCGCCUCCUACAGGAAGCCCUCCUCGCCUGCCUCCCCCUCUCAAAGCUGCCCUGCUCACCCUGCCCGCUGCCCCUGGCACCUCAGAGCCACCAGGGAGAAAGUCCCUCUGUCCUUCUGCUGCGCGUCCCUCACGGGGCGGGAGUUGGUUUCUCUGUCUGAUGGGCUUGAAGCCGGGGCAGCGGGCAGCCUGGCAGAGGGCGGGGGCAGUCUUGCCACAAAUAAAGUGUCCUUCUC